GACAAAGCCCUCUCUGACCCUCCUUCCCUGAAGGUCCAUGGGGUGGACGGUGGCGAGGAGAAGGCCAGUGGCAAGGCGGCCCCCAGGAAGUCGGAGAAGUCUCAGUACGAGCCCCUGGACUUGUCCGUGCGGCCGGACGCCGCCUCCCUCCCGGGCUCCUCGGUGACGGUGCAGGACAGCAUCGCCUGGCACGGCUGCUUGUUUUGUGCUUUCACAACGUCCUCGAUGGAGCUGAUGGCCCUGCAUCUCCAGGCCAACCACCUGGGCAAAGCGAAGCGCAAAGAUAACGUCGUCGGGGUGAUGGUCAAUUGCAAAGACCAAGGCCGGGAGGCGAGCAAAGUGGCCCUGCUGCCCUCGGUGCAAACGAGCAAAGAGAUGGCGCUUUCUAACAUGAUGGGGCCUCUCGACUCGGCUUCGGAGAAGAUGGCCCAAGGACAGGUCAAAGAGACUCUGGGGGAGCAGAAGGGGGGCCCGUGGCCCGGCCACGUGGACCCCGCGUUCUGUAACUUCCCGUCAGACUUCUACAAGCAGUUCGGCGU